AUGAUCCGCUCCGGGAUCUACAUGGCUGCACGGCACGUGCAGGUGCGGAGCAUCGCAUCCGGCAAAGAUUUGCCCACUGUUCGUUUGCAUGAUGCUAAACGAAAGGACGUAGACGACAUUAUAACGCCAUCUGUUCCAAAGGUUCCUGUAACCGUGACGGGCAACGAAGCCGCAGAAAUUGGUGGAAGACCUGUGGAACAUACGCAAGAGCGUAUUGUCCGCAUAUUCCGUCCCGCACGAGAGUCUCCGCAGACGGCGUGGGGAAACACCAAAGCUUGGAGGAUCGAGCUCGAUAAUCGCCAGCGAUGGGAGAAUCCACUGAUAGGAUGGUGUAGCUCGUGA